AUGGCCGCCUCCAGGUAUAGAAAUUUUCUGCAUCUUUUUGAGCAGUGGCCUCUGGACAAAUCUAUAGGAAACCGAGAUCUCGGGUUGCUUAUUAGAAAAAGGAUAUUAGAAAAGUUUCCAAAAGGCGAGGCUUCAACAAUCAACGAAGCAGAAUGUGAUGUUACUUACGUCAGUCUUCAGAAACUUGUCAAUGACCUCAGCAGAAAAAGAUGGGCGAGAGCCGUGGAUUCAAACGCGACAGGGUCAACGUACAAUGAUUUAAACUCAGCAUUGUCAGAGCAAAGCCUUAAAGAAUUCGAAAAUGAAGGGAACAAGAAAUUGUUUAUUAAACUUAAGGAAAAACUUCGACCACCUAGAAGUUAA